UGUUUCUACUUAAAUUUCGUACUUAAAAAUGAAGUAUCCAAAUAUAUAUACAGUAUGUGCCUAAAAUUCCUACUUAAAAUAAGUAAAAUCACGUGUACCAUAAGUUAAAAAUCCAGCAUUUUUGCCCAAUGAAUAAGCCAAAAACAGGUUUCAGGCCAGGCAAUAAAAAAACUUGGCUGGCUUACCUUUUACGCCAAUACAAGUAGCAGUCAGCAGCGCGUAUAUAGCAAUACAACAGCGAGCGGACUUCGAUUGUUUUGUGUGUUUUAUUCAACGCGAUUUUUCGCCAAAGUAAGCUUGAGAUGUCACACACUUACACUACAAGCUGGUCAUUUUAACAUUAGCAUAAGCUUAGAAUUCAAACAGCAGACCCAAUACCAGCAAUAAUGUAAUACGCAGGGCACACUGGAAUUCAUUUCACUAGAGACGUCACCAAUAAUUAGUUAGGUUUCCACUCCAUAAUACAAACUGAAGAUCAAAGCUAAUCAUAAUGGGCUGGCUGCUGACGUUACUGUUGCUGUUGCUGGCACACAAUGAGCUCCUUGCCACUCCAACUCCUCUCAAGCUGCCAGGUUACACACAUAAGUUAACGCCAUAUAUUAAGCACUGGGAAGCUGCGAGCUUUGAUCGCGCUAUAUUACAGGCUGCCCAGCUUCGACAUAUUGAGCAAGCACGAAUGCGUCGGAAACGUGAAGCAGCAACAUCCACGGCAUCAAAAGGUCUGGCGCACACAAUACGACUGAAUUUCUCGGCACAUGACAGAGAUUUUCGCCUAGUGCUGCGACAACAACCGCAUUCGGUAUUUGCCCACAAUGUGCAAAUAGAGAAUACCCUGGGACCCGUAGACUAUGAUGUAUCUCGCAUAUAUACCGGUACAUUGGAAGAUGAUGAAAGCGCCCAUGUGCAGGCAAUUCUCACCAGUGAUAAUCUAUUGGAUGGUACCAUCGAAACGCAUGCAGAACAUUAUUAUUUGGAACCAGCACAUCGUUAUUCCCAGCAACUUGUUGAGAGUGGAAUUCAUAGCAUAGUCUAUAAGCUGAGCGAUGUAAAUAUGAAGGAACACGGCAUCAGUGGUGGGGCCUUAGCGCCACAGGUUAUUACCAAGGAACCACAUACACAUUGUGCCAGCGAAAUUUUGCGUCGCAAGCGCUGGCUGCCAGAUGAGUUGGCCAUGUCGGACAGUCCCGCGACAAAUAGCCGAAAUCCUCCCCUACCACUAGAUUUGGAAGUUCCCUACAACGAUGAUUUCCGCAUGCUGUCCUCGAUGGAGCAUGACUCGACAACAACCAGGGCUGAAACAAAAAGUACAGAUAGUUUUUUGGCCACGUUGACGAAGUCCACACAAAAUCGAAAUAUACUUGUAAAUAACUAUAAUCCCUCGAGUGUGACCGGUAGCAGCAGAAGCUAUAACAAUAAUAAUGACAACAACAAUAAUAAUAGCCACAAUGUAAGGAAGCUGUACACCAAGCAUAAGAACAUCAUUGUGAGCACCUACAAUCGUCCCAUCGAACCGGAAUUCAGUACGCCGUAUGAUGACCGACAAAAUUCCAGCAACAAUCUGCCAAAUAAUUUUUUCAAUGCCAACUGGACAACUCUCUUCUUGGGCACCGGUAACGAUCGACCCAGUCACAAGACGCAUGUGGAGAUUAUAACCAAGAAUGGGGCAACUAAAAAACCAAACAUUAUUGUAAACAACUAUAAUCCAGAGAUUAUUUUCGCACCGAAUCCACACAAUCCCAACUUCAAUAACAUGCUUAUGACGAACUUGCUGAGCGGGCGUGGUCAUAAUGUCCUGGGCAGUGAUAUACAUAGCUCACCGAGAUUGCUGUACGACCGAAAAACGACCUGCAUGCUAUAUUUGCAAGCCGAUCACACUUUUUUUCAGAAAAUGGGCUCUGACGAGGCUUCUAUCGAGGCCAUAACAAGACACGUUCAGCGAGCCAACUCCAUUUAUCGUAAUACAGAUUUCAACAAUGAUGGGAAACCGGAUAACAUUACGUUUAUGAUCAAGCGAAUCAAAGUUCACAACAUGAAUGCCAUGAAAGAUCCAACCUACCGUUUUCCCGGCAACUAUGGCGUAGAAAAGUUUCUGGAAUUGUUUUCAGAGGAGGAUUACGAUGCUUUCUGCUUAGCAUACAUGUUUACUUAUCGGGACUUUGAAAUGGGCACAUUGGGUCUAGCCUGGACGGGUGAUCUUAAGAAUGCAGGUGGUGUUUGUGAAAAGAAUGGUCACUACCGUGGCUCCCUCAAGUCCCUAAACACUGGGAUUGUCACGCUACUCAACUAUGGCAAGCAUGUACCACCAGCCGUCUCGCACGUGACGCUAGCUCAUGAGAUUGGUCAUAAUUUUGGCUCACCUCACGAUCCGGAGCAGUGUACGCCAGGGGGCGAAGAUGGUAAUUUCAUAAUGUUUGCGCGUGCUACAUCAGGUGACAAGAAGAACAACAAUAGGUUUAGCGCCUGCUCAUUGAAGUCUAUAGAACCCGUACUCAAUGCUAAGGCGCGUAGCGCAAAAGGUUGCUUUACAGAGCCGCAAUCUGCCAUUUGUGGUAAUGGCGUAGUGGAACCUGGCGAAGAGUGUGACUGUGGGUGGGAGGAGGACUGCAAGGACUCAUGCUGCUUCCCCAUGUCGCGUCAGCCGCGCAUUGAUGAGGCACCUUGUACACUCACCCCACAUGCACGCUGCAGUCCCUCGCAGGGUCCCUGCUGCACAACUGACUGUAAGCUCAAGUUUGGUGAUAAAUGUCGCGAUGACAAUGGCUGCCGAGAUCCGUCAUUCUGUGACGGACGUGUACCUCAGUGCCCGCCAUCGGUAAACAAGCCAAACAAGACAAUUUGCAAUAAGGAGUUCGUUUGUUAUAUGGGCGAUUGCACAGGUAGCAUCUGCUUGGCAUAUGGUUUGGAAUCUUGUCAGUGUAUACCUGGUCCCCAGGAUGAUCGCAUUAAAUCUUGCGAGCUGUGCUGCAAGCAACCUGGCGAAAGCAAUCCCUGCCGCAGCUCCUUUGAAUGGAACGAGCCACCUUUCGAUGUGCCCGAUAUGUACUCCAAACCGGGCACCCCAUGCAAUGACUACAAUGGUUACUGUGAUGUAUUUCAAAAAUGCCGCGAGGUAGACCCAUCGGGGCCGUUGGCCACACUACGUAAGCUUCUACUGUCCGAGGAAAGUAUUGCCACGUUUAAAAAGUGGAUGCAACAUAACUGGUACACAGUCGUUUUGGCGGCCUUUGGUGCUGUUAUCUUGCUUAUACUGAGCACAAAACUGCUCACGAAGCGGCACAAUCUUAAGAUUAAGUCCGUCACCAUCAUACAUAGCGCCACAACAGAAACGGUGCGUCUGCCAGACAACAACAAUGGAGUUAUCGUUCACACCGCAGUGCGCACCAAAGUACCAUUCAAAAAAAAGGUGCGUGGAGAGCGUUCCACCAGCAAAAAUCCGAAAAAACCCAAGAAAUCCGAUAAAAUGACCAAUGGAGCAGCUGUUCGAGCCAAGACUAGCGCUUUCUUAGCCGCCACUCCAUCAACCAAAACUAACGGUACAACUGCAGAACCAACGAAUGCCACUCGGCUACAGGCACUAACCAAUAAAAAGCUACCGAGGGUCCCUCUUACUAAUACUUUAGCAACGGCACUGGAUGAUGUGAAUACUAAGAACAAGAAAUUGGGUAAACACAUCAAGGAAGUCAUAGACUACUCGCAUCGCAACAAUGCUGACGAUGGCGAGUCCAACUUGUCUACGCCGAAUAUAAACCAUUCUAAUACCUUUGGCAAGGUACAAAGGUGGCUUCUGGAGUCGCCCAUUGUGCCGCUCUCACAUAUCGAACAUAGUUCCAAAGUGCAUAAGGUGAUAAGCAAGUCGCAGUCGACACCGGAGCGUUUGGUACAGAAAACUCCUCCAAAGACUAAAUCAAUGGGUAAUUUGUCAAAUGAAAAGGUAAAACUGCAAGUGGUAUACAAGCCGCCGUUCAAGUUCUCGUUAAAGCUGUCGAAGAAGCCCAAGGUGAAAACUCACAUAGUUGGUACUGGUCGUCCAAAGCGAGGGCAAAAAAGCACCUCCAAUCGUGCCGCUGCCCAAACACAACAAAGCAAAGAUACAAGUGGUUUGUGCACAGAGAGAACUAAAAGAAGCGCCCUGCUGUUGUGCCAUGAGAACGAGGAAGAAAAUCAAAUACUAACGUUAAAUGAGCCCAGCUAUGAGACACUCAAGCCCACACGUCCUACGGAGCACUGUUAUGAGAAUGUCGAUCUGCUUAGCACGACCAUAGGAGUAACGGGGACAGAGGCCGAUUGCAAGACGUCAAGCUCCAAGCCUAGUAACAACAGUAAAAUUGCUCCCAGCAGCAAUCGCGCUAGUAUUGAAUCCAAACAACGCAUCCCUUACCGUCGCUCUAACUCGCUUUCCACACACAAUCCCUUCGCAGCAGUUCAACCUGCCCCCCGACGAAACUGCAGCAAGUCUAAGAUAGAAGGAAAUGGAGGCAGUAAUUCCGUUAAUCUAACGCGCAACUUCGGUAGCACACAAAACCUUAUCAAUCUCAGCCAGAACCUGACCAAAUCGAAGAAGCGCAGUAGUCUGAAUCUAAAGUCAAGUGCGAGCAAUAAAAAUGGUAAAGAUCCUCCCCCUACUGGUGCGGCAGGUAAUGCGCCCCAUCUUCGUUCCUCCUCCAAUGUGAAUCUGCGACGGGAUAGUUUUGCAUCUACAUCCACAAAUGAUCCACAACAGUCGGCCUCCCAAUUGCCAGUUCCACCUACUCGCACAUUACGCAAUAGCUUCAGCAACAUACCACGCGCUAGCCUCAAUGGCGGCAAUAGCUCUUCGACCCCAUUAGCGCCCAGUUUCUCACGUCAAUCUUCCAUCAACAAAGCCACAACGUCGUCCAGCUUCACGGCGCCCGUGCAUUUACCACAGCAAUCCGCCUCAUCGAGCGCUGUCAACUCGAACGCCUCCCAGCGGCGUCUCCCAAUUCAGCCAGUGCGACGGGAUCUGAAGAACUUCAAUCCGAAGGCCACGGCUGUCACUCAAACUUCGACAGCGCCAGACAAUGAGCUUCCAUCAGAUCUAGAGGUUGUUAUUUCUGAUAUAGAGAACUUGGUUAGCUAGAAACUCCCGCGUCAUCGUAUAGUAGAGGGAAGGGCUGAUAGGCGAUUCCUGAUUUCAAAACCAACCAAGUGAUAAGUCUUAAAGUUAGUUAUACAAUUAUCGGAUAGAUUUACUUUCAUAUAUAUACUCUACACUGCCUUAAACUUGCCGUUUCUGCUGAAUUUGUGAAUUUCCCGCUCAUAUACACAAUUUGCCAACACGAUCACGACCACCGCCUGUAAUUGUAAAAGUGCUCACUCGCUUGCGUCCAGAUUCACUCGUUCAAUCAGUCAACCAUCUAGUUAUUGCUGCUCCGCACUCAUCGCACACAUUGUACCUUUAACUAUUGUUAACAAUUGUAUUGUAUUUGCAUCUGUAACCCAUGUAUAUGUCCAACUAUCGUUACGUUUUUCUUCACUGGCUAUAAAUAAUAUGUUCUUUUGAUGGUAAUAUAUUCUAAUAAGUUAAUUUAAAGCAACAAAAUUUUACCGCGGUUUAUCAAAAGGCCAAUAAUCUUAUUGAAUUCUCAUUUGUCGUUCGAAUUUCUAUAAAAACAACAAUUAUACAUAUGUAUCUGCGCCAAUCUUUACUCUUUUUUUUUCUAACCCAAAAACCACUUCCAUCUGAAUUCCCCCAAACACAAAACAAUACAAGGUGCUAUUUUAGUAUAAAAAAAUAUAAAUAUAUUAAAAAAAAAAAAAUUAAAAUCUUUUUAAGCUAUCCUAUGUGUACUUCAAAGAAACAAGAACAAUGAUCAAAAAACAAAGCACAGACUUGUAGCUAAAAAAUCGUAUAAGGUAGUCAGCAAGUGAACGUAAAAAAUUAUCUAGCGAAUUAACCAACGAUAAAUGUCAAUGAAUCAAAAGCAAAAAUGCAUCGAAUGUAGUUUAAACUAGUUGCAACAGAAGCCUAUAUAGAAACGUUUAAGCACUGCAUUUCACAGUCCAUAUAUAUGUCCAGCACAUAAAUUUCAACCCACACACUCAUUCACAAAUGCAUUAAACCACAAAUGCUACUCCAAACUUCCCGCUUCAUUUGUAUAAGUGUAUAUACAUUUAUGUAUAUAUGAAGAGCAAAUAAUUAUAAUUUUUUAUAUGUAAUUACAAACACAUAUUACUUUAACAAAAAUGCAUACUAACGAAUAAUAGUUUAAGCCAAAAGUGAACAAGAUAUUUAAUGAUAUGUGUAGCAAUUAAUUUGUAGGCUACAUUUAUUCGUACAUAAAUAAAUGUAUGUAUGGACAUAUAAAUAUAAGUAUGUAAAACAAAUGUAUAUACAUACUUAUGUGUAUCGAUAUAAAUGGGGCGUGCAAUAUGUAAAAUGAGCACAACAUUGUGAAAAGUAUUUGGGUAUAUUUUUUAAAAUAUACAAAGAAGAAAGAGAAUUCAAGUAAUAAAGCUGAGCUGAAAAGUAGGACUGAAAGUAGCUGCAAUUUAGGCCCAGCAGGAGGUACAGACAGACCAUCAACGCGUAGAUAAGAGAAUAGAGAAAGAGGGAGUUUACAUAAGUACGCGACAAUCGCUUUGAAUAAUUAUAAUUAAAAACUAGUAUUAAGUACGCCUAUAUCCAUAGACUAAGAAAUCGAAUGCACGUGACUCUUUUUACUAUAAGGCCAGAAAAUCGGCACAACAAUUGCCAGUUGCCUCGUUACUGUACAUAAAUUCCAAUAAUAUUUGUCUAAACUUUAUUGUACUACUUAUGAUCUAAGCGUGCAAGCAGAACCGAUUUAGAGAAAGAAGCAAGUAUUUUGAGUGGGGCAAAGUAUACUUUGUCUAUAUUUAGCGCGAAAUUAACAAUUUUGGGAUGUUGUAUAUGAAAUUGAUUUUAAUUUACAUAUUUAUGUAUAUAAGUAUUUAUGUAGUUAUAAUAUUAAAAAUUGCUUUUAAGUGUGUAUGUGUAACUGUCAUGCAUAUAAAUUAUAUACCUCAAUUGUAAUUAUUUGUCCACAUUUUCACGAAGCUUCAAACUAUGAUAGU